UACAGUUCGAAGUUGAUUCGGUACGAACGUGUUCGCGUGGCCGCUGCGCGCUGUAAAAAGAGAAAGACUCUGUGUGUAAGAUCUUGGGGACUUGGAAAAAUUCUUUUUUAUAUAUUUUGAGUACAAUCUCGCGCAGUAAAUGCAAAAGGCACAAAACUAGCUUAUGUAGUAGCUAGCAGCGGCAUUUACCGAAUACCUUAAAUACAUAUAUAUAUAUAUAUAUAUAUAUACGUAAAUAUAUAUAUUUUAACAACAAAAAUAUAUAAAUUUAAAGUGUAGCGUAAAGCAAAUUAAAAUUAACAAAAAAAAAAACGAAAGAAAAAAAAGUGAAGUUGGGAAAAAGCCGAGAGCGCCGCACUGCCAACUGAGAAAUUGUGCAAAAUGAGUGGGGAUGUGGCUGCUGAAAAUAAUUUACACGUGCAAAAUGGCGGCAGCUGCGAAGUGCAAUCGAAUGGUGUAACCACCAAUGGACACCAUAAUAAUCACCAUCAUAGCAGCAGCAGCAGCGGCGGCGGCAGCAGCAGCAGCAGUAAACACAAGUCCUCCAGCAAGGAUAAGCAUCGUGAUAAGGACAGAGGUGGCGAGCACAAAAGCUCCAGCUCAUCGUCCAGAGAACACAAGAGCAGUAGCAGCAGUAGUAGUCGCGACAAGGAUAAGCAUAAGAGCAGCAGCAGCAGCUCGUCUAGCGGCAAGGAUAAGCAUCGCGAUAAAGACCGUAGCGAUGGCAGCAAUUCGCAUCGCAGCUCAUCAUCGUCGUCCAGUCAUCGCGACAAGGACGGCAAGCACAAGUCUUCUUCAUCUUCGUCGUCGUCAUCGUCGUCUAGAGAUCACCACAAGAGCAGCAGCAAGGAUAAAGAGCGCAAGGAUAAAGAUCGCAGCAGCAGUAGCAGCAGUUCCUCUAGCCGUGACAAGCACAAGUCCUCCUCAUCUUCUUCGUCGUCGAGCUCACGCCACAAGAGCUCAUCGUCGUCGUCAUCAUCGCGAAGCAAACAUUCCAGUUCGAGUUCAAGUUCAAGGCACGGCGGCUCAUCAUCAUCAUCAUCAGCAUCGACGACGACAAAAGAUCCCUCUUCCUAUGAUGGUGUCUUUCUCAAGCCAGAGCCCGUUUCACAAGCACAUGGACUGGAGAACGAAGAUCCUUUGCAAAUGCAGUUGCAGCAACAGCAGCAGCAGCAACAAAUGCAACAGCUCCAACAGCAACAGCAGCAACAAUAUCAUCUUCAACAGCAGCAGCAGCAACAACAAUUUCAACAGCAGCAACAACACUUCCAGCAACAGUUGCAGCAGCAGCAGCAACAGCAACAAUACCAGCAUCAUCAACAGCAAAACGUCGAUUGCAAUGGCUAUAAGAAUGGCUACGAGGAGCAUGCGGAUGUGAAAAAAGAAGAGGAGAGCUUUAACAUAUCACAGGCCAGCUCCUGUGAUUAUUCCCUGUCACAGUUUCGUCCCGAUGAGCCAUCGUUUGUUGUCAAACAGGAGCAGACCUACAACGAAGAAGAUAGCGCCUUAAACGAUGAUGACGACGACGAGGAUGAGGGUAACAAUGAGAAUGACGAUGAUGAGGAUGUGCCGUUGGCCAUACGGAAACGCAAACAGGAGCCCGUUGAUGAUUUCGAUGGUGGCGCUGACGAUGAUGAUGACAUUCCGUUGCUGGCGCGCAAGAAGGUCAAAAAGGAGUCCAAGGAGAAGAAGAACAAGAAGAAGCGCAUUAAGGAGGAAAUAGACGAUGACUAUGGACAAAAAGUGCCCAAAAAGAAGAUCAAAAAGGAGAGUGAGAUUAAAGCGGAGGUCAUGACGACGUCGCCCACAAAGACAUCGCGCAAGGGCAAAAAGGAUGAGGAGGAGGAAGUGUGGCGAUGGUGGGAAGAGGAGAAACGCGACGAUGGCGUCAAAUGGACAACACUCGAGCACAAAGGACCCGUAUUUGCGCCCCCAUACGAACGUGUGCCGCGCAACGUGCGCUUCUUUUACGACGGCAAACCGCUGGAGUUGACCGAGGGCACUGAGGAGGCGGCCACUUUCUAUGCCAAGAUGUUGAAUCACGACUACUGCACCAAGGAUGUAUUCAAUAACAAUUUCUUCAAGGAUUUCCGCAAAACGAUGAGCGCCAGGGAGAAGGAGAUUAUCAAAGACUUUCGCAAAUGCAAUUUCCAGGAGAUGUUCGAAUACUUCCAGGCCGAAUCCGAGAAACGUAAAGCGGCCACCAAAGAGGAGAAACUUUCCAAGAAGCUGGAGAACGAGGCCUUGGUUAAGGAAUAUGGCUUCUGUAUGAUCGAUGGCCACAAGGAGAAAAUUGGUAAUUUCCGUUUGGAGCCGCCCGGUCUGUUUCGCGGUCGUGGCGAACAUCCUAAAAUGGGCAUGAUCAAGUGCCGCAUUUCCGCCUCCGAUGUUUCCAUCAAUUGUGGCAAACAAUCGAAAGUGCCACCACCGCCGCCCGGACAACGCUGGAAGGAGGUGCGCCACGACAACACUGUCACAUGGCUGGCCUCGUGGAUUGAGAAUGUGCAGGGCCAGGUGAAGUACAUCAUGUUGAAUCCGUCGUCGAAACUCAAGGGCGAGAAGGAUCACAUCAAAUACGAGACGGCGCGUCGCCUGGACAAGGUGAUUGACAAGAUACGUGCCACAUAUCGUGACGAAUGGAAAUCGAAAGAGAUGCGUGUACGUCAACGAGCCGUUGCUCUCUAUUUCAUCGAUAAGCUAGCGUUGAGAGCGGGCAACGAAAAGGAUGAGGAUCAAGCGGAUACCGUGGGUUGUUGUUCGCUGCGUGUGGAGCAUGUGCAGCUGCAUAAAGAGCUCAAUGGCAAGGAGAAUGUGGUCGUAUUUGAUUUCCCCGGUAAGGAUUCCAUACGCUAUUACAACGAGGUCGAGGUGGAGAAGCGUGUGUUCAAGAAUCUAGAAUUGUUCAUGGAGAACAAGAAAGAGGGCGAUGACCUCUUCGAUCGCCUUAAUACCCAAGUGCUAAACGAGCAUCUCAAGGAGCUGAUGGAGGGACUCACGGCUAAAGUAUUUCGUACAUAUAACGCAUCGAAAACGUUGCAAAGCCAAUUGGAUCUGCUGACGGAUGGAGAUGCCACAGUUGCCGAAAAGUUGCUCGCCUAUAAUCGCGCCAAUCGUGCCGUUGCCAUUCUCUGUAACCAUCAGCGUUCCGUGCCCAAGGGACAUCAGAAAUCGAUGGAGAACCUUAAAGAGAAAAUACGCGCUAAGCGCGAUGCCAUCGAUGACUGCGAGUCCGAAUAUCAUGAUCUGAAGAAGGCGGCCAAACGUGGCUCUGUGAAGGAGAAGGUGAUGGCCGAUAAGAAGGCCAAGCAGCUGGAGCGCAUGAAGGAUCAGCUGAAAAAAUUGGAACUACAAGAGACUGAUAGAGACGAGAAUAAGACCAUUGCCCUGAGCACAUCCAAACUAAAUUAUCUCGAUCCACGUAUAUCGGUGGCAUGGUGCAAAAAGCAUGGUGUGCCGAUUGAAAAGAUCUUUAAUAAAACCCAAAGAACCAAAUUUCUUUGGGCCAUUCAUAUGGCCGAUGAGAAUUAUCGUUUUUAAAGCAAAAUGCAUAAACAAUUGAAACAAUGUAACAGCUAAAACAUAGAUAUACACACACAAUCACACACACACACACACAGAUAAAUAAAUACUGAGAAACAGGGACGGAAAUCAGGAGCAGCAGCAAGAAGAGGAACAAUGGCCGCCAAAAACAACUUUGACCAAAAAAAAACAAAAGGAAAAAAAUAGGCCAAGAACAACACCAACAACAUUAACAACAAAAUAUCAACAACCACCGCGUCAUUAAAGAAAAAAUUAACCAAUCGUGUUUUAGUGGCCUUCUUCCUCAACCGCCCGCCCGCCCCCACUCCGAGUCCUUAAGGGGAUUUGUAACGCUGCACUUGGAUGUUGGAAGAAGAGAGUGGGAAGUGAAAGUGUAAAGUUUAACUUGGCAGCACUUUUUAUUUUUCGAACUGUACUCAAAAACGCAAACUAAUACAUGUAAACAUAUAUAGAUGUACUCACAAACACAUUCACAACACACACCCACACACUCGCACUCUAACUUUACAUAGCGCAUAUGUAUUGAGGAGUAUGUGUGUGGGUCUGCGUGUGUGUAUUUGUAUGUGAGCACAUGUAUGUGUGUGCGAUGUCCGAGAACAUAAUUACGUUGUAUAAUUAAUUACGUUCCCUCCCCACAACACCACAAUUAAACAAGAAACCGAGAUAUUUUCGUAAAUUUACAAUAAUUUUGAGUUUUUUUUACAUAUACAUAUAUGUAUAUAUAUAUUAUUAUUUUUUUCAUUGUACAAUUUUAUGUUUAUAAUUAUAGUUGAUCUUCGUUUAGCAAAAAGCUUAUACCUAUAUACAAAAAACAAACAAACAAGCAUAUAAUAAAAUACAUAUAAUAAUUAUUAAGGGACAGUGCUAAGUGAUGAGAAAACCUUGUAGCCCACUUUUAGCAUAGCAUAAUUUAUUCGAUUAGAGAGCAGCGAAGCAGCAAAAACAAAAAAACAAAACGACACAAAAACAAAGAAGAAAACUAAAUUCUAUCGAAAACAAAUUAUAAGAUGAAUGAAGAAAGGGAUAAACAAAUUAAAUUGAAAUGCAAAUUGUAUAUUUGCAACAUAUUGGAUUUUAUGCAUAUGUUGUAUAUUAACUAAUUUCAAAAACAAAAAACCUUUUUGUAAUUGAUUUAAAUUUUUUUAACGCCACAUGUUUUCAUUCACUCAAAACGAAUUUUAUGUAAUUACUUAACUAUUUUCUGCUUUUGCUUUUAUUAAAUAGUUGAAUUAAAAUCAAUGAUGUGUUGUACUAAAGAAACACAGACAACUACUAUAAACAAAAAGAAAACAAAACACUUAAACACCACCACCACACAUAGACAGGUUUCAAAUUCUGUUUGGUUCAACAAUAUUAAUAAUAAUAAUAAUAAUACAAAGAGGAGGAACUAUGAAACAAUUGUAAAAACAAUCAAUCAAAAGCAGACACAGCUUGGAAAACAACAGCGCAACAACAACAAACAAAAACAAAAAACAAUGAUAACAACCAUAUGAUAACGAAAUAAAUAGGAUAUUAUAUAAUAUAAUUAAUAAUAAUAAUAUAUAUACGUGCAAUUAAGUGAGCUAAAUAUUACGUGCGAUGUCGAUAAACACGAAUAUCGAUGUCGAUAACAAAGAAAUUGUAAAAACAAAAACAUGAAAAGAGAAAAGAAAUGAAAUGAAAAACCAACGCAAAGAGAAACAAAUUUAGAACCUUGAUAAUAAUGAUAAAUCAUCUUGGAUCACCACAAACGCAAUGAUGAUGAUGAUCAUGAUCAUGAUGAUGUAUGUAUGUAGUUGUAUUUAUAUUUUAAUUAUGCAAAUUAUGGCCGAGAGCAUCGGACUCGCGCAAGUGAGCGAGCGAGAGAGCAAGUGACAUUGGAGAUGCAUACAAACAAAAACACACAGAUACCACUCACACAUACAUAUGCAUGUAUGCAUGUGUACGUGCGUGGACACUAAUUAUUAUAUUAUUAUUAUUAUUACUAUGAUUACGAUUACGAUUACGAUAUGCAGACACUGCACAUACACAACAUAUACAUAUGCAUAAGUAUCAAAUAAAAAUUAAUUCAAUUUUUGUCAAAUUUUAAUGAUGAUUGAUGAUGAUGAUGAUGAAGAACGUGACGUGGCACUUUUAAAUGUAGCAAAAUUUGAAUUGUAAUCCUGUCGUGUGUGCACACUGGCGCUGAUGAAACACCACAAACACACACACUCACAUCCCCACCCUCCUCCUUCGCACCCACAGACACACACACACACACACACACAGUCACACAUAAACUUGGCAUAUUACAAUACGAUAUAAGCAAAUAAGAGAGAAGAGAAGAGAGAACAUUUAAGGUGUAAUGUAAUUGUAAUGGAAUGAUGCAAAUAUACAUACGACAACAUAUAUGCAUGCAUAUAUAUAUUAAUGUAUAUGUGCAUCAAUAUAUAUAUAGAUAUAUAUUUAAAUCUGAACAAUAAUUGCGUUUUACUUUUGGGAAAUUACACCGUCGAGCAAAAGCUUCAAUCUGAAAAAUCGUUAUUGAAACGGUUUGUGGGAAUAUAUGCAUCGUUAUUAUCGAUUUUUAUCGAUAAUAUUCAGCCAGCAAAUUUUGACAGAAAAAUAUGGUAAAAACACAAAAUCCUCGAUAACUCGCAAAUGAGCAGGACGAUUGCGAUGUCCUUUGGACAGCAGGUGCAGCUCCUUGAGACGACAUUUUUGACACAUCACUCGACAGGAUCAGCAAGAAUAUAGCCGAGUUAUAGCUACUUUUCUGUACACGAAAAAGUCCUUGUAUCUCAGCCAUACAAAGGACUUUCGUCCUGAAACUCAUACCACCUAUUGCCAUAUGAUAUCUACUAUCUGUUUGCCAAAGGACAUCAAAAUCGUGCAGUAACUUUUCGAGUUAUCCUGGAUUUUGUGAAAUUGCGACAAAUUUUCCUACUGAACCCCUUAAAAAAAUGCCUAAAAAUUUUCGAUGUAAUUUUACAAAUAUUUUUGAUGGCAAUUGAUAGUGUUGGUGGCUAUGGAAAGGAAAAGUCGUGUUCCACGAGGAUCCUUAAGGAUAUGUCCAAGUUAUGACGCUGAAAAGUUACAAUAUUUCAUACUUACCAAAGUUUUUUAUCCUGCUAAGUUGUAAGAACAAGGAAUGUCCUAGAUAAAUAUAUAUCGCGUAUAUAGUAUCAUAAUAUAUGUUAUGUAUAUAUUUCAUAUUAUAUCAUUUAUCAUACAUAAUUUUUUAAGUUUUAGCGACUAAGUUGAUAGACGUUUUUCCUUUUGGGUUUUCAAUUCCGAAAUGGUUACAAAAAAAAAAAAAUAAAAAACAAUAUUUAUAUAUAGAGAAUAAAAACGUGGAGACGGCAAAAAAAGAGUAAUAUUAAUUUAAAAAUAAAUAUAUGUAACAAAAAUGACAAGUGAUAUAUUAUGUAAGUAUGUAUGUAUGUUAGUUUUAUAGCUUACAAAUCGGAUAUUGCAAUUAUUUUCGUAUCAAAAUUUUCCUCAUAUUCUUCGGUUUUUGUUUUUUUUUUUUGUUUACUUUUAUUAUUAUUGCGCUUAAAACUAGAUAUAAUAAAAUUGCGUGAAUGUGUUUGUUUCGACUUGUGUAAUUAUGUGUGUGUGUGUAUAGCAAGUGUAUUUGUGUGUGUGUGUGUUGUUAUUGUUCAUAUAUCAAUAUGUAUAAAUAUAUAAAUAAAUUUAUAGGAAUAUAUGUUGAUUUUUAAGCAACAUUUUUUUUCUUUAAUGUUUUUUUUUUAAGUGUUAUUAUUUAUUUGUUUUUGUUGUUUUGUUUUAAGUUAAGCGGCCCUUUUUAAAAGCAUUAUGAAUCGAAUAAAUAUAUAUGCAUAUGUGUAUGUAUGCUUGCACGUAUGUGUGUGUGUGUGUGUUUAUACACAUUUAAUUAUGUUGUUGCUGAUAUUUCAAAUCGGAAGGACUCGCGACAAAUUGUUUUUGUUCCGGUUCUAAUUCCAGUUGUUGUUGUUGUUGUUGUGGUUCUUGUCUAUGCUAAAUUUGGA